UUCUCUCUUAUCCUCUGAUCACUUGAAUCUUUCCUCUUAGGAACUUUCUUUUCCUAAAUUCUCCAUAGAGCCCAUCAAAUUUUCAAGUUCAUAGCUUUAUAGAGAUAAAGCUACAGUGACUUCUUCUAUACACAAGUCCAUUUUCUUUUCCUUGCAUUUUGCUUUUUAGGUUCUGAAGUUCAUCCAUUCAUCCAUUCGUUCUCCAGUUACUUUGUUCUCUUUUGCUUUGACAAAGAAUAAAGUGAACGAGACUUUGGAAAAAAUGAUCUAGAUAAAAAGGGUUGCUUGUAGAGAAAGAAUAUAAUCAAGGUCUUUUCAAGUUUUGGAUGGUGGAGGUGGUGGGAGUGGUGCAAGGUGGUUGCAAGUGAAAAAGUGGCGGUGAUGGAGAGAAUGUAUGGUGGAGUAGGUGGUGGUGGAGUUGGAGGGAGUUGCUAUCCUUUUGAAAGGAAUGGAGGUGGUGGUGGUGGCGGCCUUGGUGGGGUGGUGAUGACUAGAGAUCCAAAGCCAAGGCUGAGAUGGACUGCUGAUCUUCAUGAACGUUUUGUUGAUGCUGUUACAAAGCUUGGUGGCCCUGAUAAAGCAACUCCCAAGUCAGUUUUAAGGGUAAUGGGCUUAAAGGGAUUGACAUUGUACCAUCUAAAGAGUCAUUUACAGAAGUACAGACUUGGACAGCAGGCCAAGAAGCAGAUUCCAGCUGAACAAAGCAAAGAGAACAGUGGCGAUACUUUUGGACAAUACAACUCGCAUGCUUCAGGCUCCAUUUCCUCAAGAGUGAACACAGAAAAAAGGGAAAUCCAAAUCUCAGAGGCACUAAAAUGUCAGAUUGAAGUGCAGAAAAGAUUACAGGAGCAGCUUGAGGUGCAAAAGAAAUUACAGAUGAGAAUAGAGGCCCAAGGGAAGUACCUACAAGCAAUUCUAGACAAAGCUCAAAAGAGCCUUUCGCUCGACGUUAAUAAUCCCUGCAAUCUAGAAGCAACAAAAGCUCAACUCUCUGAAUUCAAUCUGGCCCUGUCAAGCUUCAUUGAGAAUGUAAAUGCAGAAGAAAGAAAUGCCGAGAUUAUGGAUAAACGCAUGCUAAGCGACAUGAACAGAAAAAUGUCUGAGCAGAAUUACUUGGGGUUGAAUCAUGAAGAAACACAUGAUGUCAAACUUAGGCUAGAAGGAGCUUCCAUAAAUUUUGACUUGAAUACCAGAAGUAGCUAUGACUUUAUUGGCACCAGUUGAGCUCUUCUGGAGCCAAACCACUUAAUAGAAGUAAAAAUGGGCACAGCCUUUCAGUUCGUUUUCAUACUCUGUGCAUAUAACACUCUACAGUUGGAUUAACUUAUUCUUCAAUGCCUCAUUGUUUUUCACUCAAGGCAUCAGUAGUAGUAAACUUGUUGAAGUGAAGAGACAUAAUCGUUUGAAUUCAGGUGAAUCUUCGUGAAGAAAAAUUUGGUGGAAGGCUGGAAAUUCAGUACAUGCUUUCAAGAAUCUUCAGCUCUGAUUACUUCAUCCGGACUUUCUGGUUAAUCCUUCUUUCGGUUUCAAAAUGCCUAUGAGCUUGCUUCAAGAUGUCCAAGUAUCAUUCAAAAUCUAUUAGCUGCCUCUGUACAGAGAAUGCUUGGCUUCUCUAGUGCAUUAAUUGUUUUGCAUGAUGCUUUGUGAAUCAUAUGUCUAGAAGGAGAAAACAAUCACUAGUAUGUCUAGUAGUACAGGAAAAUCAAUUCAAACGUUUAGAGAGUCUUUUAUUUACCUCAAUAA